AUGUCGCGUUUGUUUUUUCGGGUCCAGCCAAAAGUCGCAGUCAGCCAGUCAGAAAAUCUUUGGAAGCCUUUUUUAAUGAUCAACUUGAAAUGGGUUCUUUCUGUUCAACCUCGUCUCUCUUCCAACUCGCCAUCUUUGUCAUCCACAUAUGCAUCCUUUAAAAGCAAAGACAUCCAUUAUGAUUUAGCGAGGGCAUCUCUAUCAAUGGAAAGUGAGACUUCUUACAGUGAUCCUCUUAGUGGAAGAACAUGUUCAUCUACUUCCCGAAUCUUGGACAUUGAUUACUCAGAAACUCGCAAUAAUGUUGAAAAUUUGUUACGAGAGGAUAAAUUAACAUUCCUUACAAGCUUACAAGCAAACAAGAUAUCACAAUAUAGAUUACUCUUGGAAAAUCUUGUUGCAUUGGAGGAUACAUUUGCUGAUUCAGAUGUGGUAACACUAGAACAAGACAUAUUGUUUCAAUUAGAAAAGCUUGGAGCUUUAAAGUUUUUGCAUACUUCUUUCUCUCAAAUACCCAAACACCACCCAUUUCCAUCUAACUCUAUAACCGAAAAAACUGUCAAGCCCGUUGUCCCAUCUACAAGAAAGAUAAAAAGAAAGUCACAAAGAGAACGAACAUCAACAAAAGCCAAUGAUGUUUGCAUGGUGGAAUUUCACUCACAACCCAUCACCCGUAAAAAUUCAAGACGUGUCAACUUUUCUUCAAAAAGAUCAUCAAAUUCUAAAAUUGGAAAACUCAAAUUCACUAGAAACGAGGCAGAGCUAUCACAAGGUGUUAAGGUGGUUGCUGAGUUGGAGAGGAUUAGAAUGAUUUUAGAAGAAGUGGGGCCCAUGGUUAGUUUUAGUAGUUGGGCAGAAGCUGCAGGAGUUGACAAGAAAGAGUUGCUUGAAAACUUGCAAUUCGGUUGGUGUUGUAGGGAUGAGCUUUUGAGAAGUACACGAUCUUUGGUUAUCUAUCUUUCAAAGAAUUACAAUGGUCAAGGAAUAGCCUUCAAAGAUUUAAUCCAGGCAGGAAAUGUUGGUGUUCUUCAAGGUGCAGAACGGUUUGACCGAAGUAGAGGAUACAAAUUCUCAACUUAUGUACAAUAUUGGAUAAAAAAAUCAUUGCUAAUGUUGCUAUCACGUCAUGCUAGAGAGAUACGAAUUCCUUUCACAAUGAGCAAGGCUAUAAGUCGGAUACAAAAAGCUCGAAAAGCACUCGAUAAUGGUGAUGGAAGAUGCCCAAAUGCUUGUGAGAUUGCCAAAUUCACGGGUCUUUCAUUGGCUAAGAUUGAAUCUGCUAACAAAUGCCUUAGAGUUGUUGGCUCCAUCAAUCAACCAUUUGGACAGGGUAUUGAUGCAAAGUUUUGGGAAUGUACACCUGAUUUGACAACAAUGACUCCUGAAGAAAACUUAAUGAAGAAUUAUAUGAUUAAUGAAAUAUAUAGCCGGAUGAAAGAUUUGGACAGUAGGGAGAGGAAAGUGUUGGCUUUAAGAUUUGGGCUUAAAGGGUAUCAAAGGAAGACACUUGAAGAAAUUGGAAGGUUGUAUGGUGUAAGCAAAGAAUGGAUUCGAAGAAUAGAAAGAAGAGCUUUAACAAAACUAAAAGUUGAUGAUGAAGAAACUUUACAAAGUUUUAGACAUUAUCUGUACAUGUAA